AUGGUUCAGCUCGACGAUCUGGAUGAGCAGCAGCGGCAGAAGCCGUGGGAGGACAGGGCAGAGGAGGAAGAAGCUGGAGACGAGGAGGACGAUGAGGGCGAGGAGGGGGGCGACGGCGGCGGCGCUGCCGGCGGCGGCGAGGACGACGAUGAUGACGAUGAUGACGAGGAUUACGAGGAGGAGGGGGAGCCGGGGCUCGAGGCCAUAGCGGGCGACGCCCCCGCGGUGGAUGACGAGGAGGACUACGAGGGGGACGAGGCCGAGGACGACGAGGACGAGGAUGAUGAUGAGGAGGACGAGGAGGAGCCCGCGGCCGGCCUCAAAAGGAAGCGCGGCCCCGGCGACGAGGAGGAGGAGGAGGAGGACGACGAUGACGAUGAGGAGGACGAGUGA